UGGAUGAGGAGCGGGCUCUCUUUCUUUCUCACGGGGCUCAGUUAAUCCUGCUGCCAGGCGGUGUUUAGCAGCAGUCUCAGCGCUGGAUUCCGAGCGAGGGAGACGCGCAACCCUGAAGGCGCAGCGGAGGGGAGGCGAGAGAGGCAGCUAAAGAGAGCAGAGCGGGGGAAAAAUCAAAUCUAUGCUUGGAACUGGGCUUCUUUUUCGCCAAUGCAAAAGGGAAUAUGCAGCACAUUUUUGCCUUCUUCUGCACCAGUUUCCUAGGGGCGGUGUUAGGGGCCAAUUUCCCCAACAAUAUCCAGAUAGGGGGGUUAUUUCCUAAUCAACAGUCCCAGGAACAUGCGGCUUUUAGGUUUGCGUUGUCUCAGCUCACGGAACCCCCUAAGCUCCUUCCCCAGAUCGACAUUGUGAACAUUAGCGACAGCUUUGAAAUGACAUACACCUUCUGCUCGCAGUUCUCCAAGGGCGUCUAUGCUAUCUUUGGAUUUUAUGAGAGGAGGACCGUCAACAUGCUCACGUCUUUCUGCGGGGCUCUUCAUGUCUGCUUCAUAACGCCAAGCUUCCCCGUUGAAACAUCCAACCAGUUUGUUCUCCAGCUUCGCCCAGAGCUCCAGGACGCCCUCAUCAGUGUCAUCGAGCACUACAGCUGGCAGAAGUUUGUGUACAUUUAUGAUGCUGACCGGGGGUUGUCAGUCCUACAGAAAGUGCUGGACACUGCAGCUGAGAAGAACUGGCAGGUGACCGCUGUCAACAUCCUGACAACAACAGAAGAGGGCUACCGCAUGCUCUUCCAGGAGCUGGAGAAGAAGAAGGAAAGGCUGGUGGUGGUGGACUGUGAAUCCGAGCGGCUGAACAUCAUCCUUAGCAAGAUCAUCAAGCUCGAAAAAAAUGGGAAUGGCUACCACUACAUUCUGGCAAAUUUGGGAUUCAUGGAUAUUGACCUGACCAAAUUCAAGGAGAGCGGAGCCAACGUAACUGGCUUCCAGUUGGUGAAUUACACGGAUGCUGUUCCUGCCAGGAUCAUGCAGCAGUGGAGGAAUAAUGACGCCAGGGAGCAUCCUCGUGUGGACUGGAAGAGGCCAAAGUACACGUCAGCUCUAACAUAUGAUGGGGUCCGAGUGAUGGCCGAAGCUUUUCAGAACCUGCGGAGGCAGCGGAUCGACAUCUCCCGUCGGGGCAACGCUGGGGACUGCCUUGCCAACCCUGCCGUGCCCUGGGGACAAGGCAUCGACAUCCAGAGAGCACUGCAGCAGGUCCGUUUUGAAGGAUUGUCUGGCAACGUUCAGUUUAAUGAGAAGGGACGACGGACCAACUACACCCUCCAUGUGAUUGAGAUGAAACAUGAUGGAAUCAGAAAGAUUGGUUAUUGGAAUGAAGAUGAGAAGUUGGUUCCAGCAGCCAUAGAUACUCAAAGUGGCAAUGAGUCUACAAGUCUCCAGAACAGGACUUACAUAGUCACAACUAUCCUAGAAGACCCAUACGUGAUGCUCAAGAAGAACGCCAACCAGUUUGAAGGCAAUGAGAGGUAUGAAGGUUACUGUGUGGAGCUCGCUGCUGAGAUUGCAAAGCAUGUUGGCUACCACUACAGGCUGGAGAUUGUCAGAGAUGGGAAGUACGGAGCCCGGGACCCCGACACCAAAACGUGGAACGGCAUGGUGGGAGAACUCGUUUAUGGGAGGGCGGAUGUGGCUGUGGCACCAUUAACCAUCACUCUGGUUCGAGAAGAAGUUAUAGACUUUUCCAAACCAUUCAUGAGCUUAGGUAUCUCUAUCAUGAUAAAAAAACCUCAAAAGUCCAAACCAGGAGUUUUUUCCUUUCUGGAUCCUUUGGCUUAUGAAAUAUGGAUGUGCAUUGUUUUUGCCUACAUUGGAGUGAGUGUUGUCCUCUUCCUGGUGAGUCGCUUCAGCCCUUACGAGUGGCACACUGAGGAAUUCGAGGAAGGACGGGACCAGCCAGCCAAUGACCAGACGAAUGAGUUUGGAAUAUUCAACAGUCUCUGGUUCUCCCUAGGAGCUUUCAUGCAACAAGGAUGUGAUAUUUCUCCGAGGUCUCUCUCUGGCCGCAUAGUCGGUGGCGUCUGGUGGUUCUUCACCUUGAUCAUCAUAUCCUCCUACACAGCUAACCUGGCUGCCUUCCUCACUGUGGAAAGGAUGGUUUCUCCCAUCGAGAGUGCAGAGGACUUGGCCAAGCAGACAGAAAUAGCCUAUGGGACCCUGGAAGCUGGCUCCACUAAAGAAUUUUUUAGGAGAUCCAAAAUAGCAGUGUUCGAGAAGAUGUGGACAUACAUGAAGUCAGCCGAACCCUCCGUUUUUGUGAGGACGACAGAAGAGGGGAUGAUCCGGGUGAGGAAGUCGAAAGGGAAGUAUGCCUACCUCUUGGAGUCCACGAUGAACGAGUACAUAGAGCAGCGGAAGCCCUGUGACACCAUGAAAGUGGGAGGUAACUUGGACUCCAAAGGCUAUGGCAUUGCAACGCCAAAGGGGUCUGCACUGAGAGGUCCCGUAAACCUAGCGGUUUUGAAACUCAGUGAGCAAGGCGUCUUAGACAAGCUGAAAAGCAAAUGGUGGUACGAUAAAGGGGAAUGUGGAAGCAAGGACUCCGGAAGUAAGGACAAGACGAGUGCUCUGAGUCUCAGCAAUGUGGCGGGGGUUUUCUAUAUCCUCAUCGGUGGGCUCGGACUAGCCAUGCUGGUUGCCUUAAUCGAGUUUUGUUACAAGUCCAGAAGUGAAUCAAAGCGGAUGAAGGGUUUUUGUUUAAUCCCACAGCAAUCAAUCAACGAAGCCAUACGGACAUCAACCCUUCCCAGGCCGGCUGCAGCAGGAGGUAGUGGAGAAAACGGACGUGUGGUCAGCCACGAUUUCCCCAAAUCCAUGCAGACGAUCCCGUGCAUGAGCCACAGCACCGGCAUGUCCCUGGGAGCUACGGGAUUAUAAUUGGCCUUUUGACCCAUUGCCUGGGUGAGAGCAGGGGCAGCCCAACUCCACCCCCUCCAGAGCCAAAAACAAACCCAACACCAACAAGACAAACGAUGAUGACAGAAGGGACAAUUGGAUGGAUCUUCUCGAGGAAAUCAGAUCUAUUUCCCUUUUUAUUUGCAAACAGAUCCACUGGCAGGAGAACAGAAACAGGUCUGUACUGCAAUAAGGAGAGUCUAAUGGGAUUUAACAGACUCGUGAACCAUCCCUGAUCAAAGAACCACUGGAACACUAAUGAGGACUAUGCCAUUUUGUUUUAACUUGGUUGUUAAUAAGUCUUAGUGUGUGCAAUAUAUAUAUUUUUUCUUACUAAUUCCUGUGGUGUCAGGGUAACAUCAGCCCUUUCCCCCUUCCCUGCUCAGUCCUUCAAUCUGGUUUAGUUUGGGAUGCAAACCAUAAUGUCUGAGCUACUGACAGCAAAAAAGAAAACCCAAUAAAUGGCAAGUUGAACUCCCUGCAGGGCGUCAGCAUUGUUCCCUUUUGUCCAUCGUGAUUCUGCCUUCCGUUGUUCUGUUGUGAACUCUGGCUGUGGAGUUAUUGCAACGAGGCAGACAGAGCUGCGAAUGGCUCUCUCCCUGCACCAGGAAGGACUAGAUGUGAGAAAGAACCUGAACAAAAACCACAAGGCUCUUUUACAGGGGCAAAGUCACGAGUGAGUUUGGAAACCCCAGGUAACAUGAGGACAAAGUGAUAAUUCUUCCAGAGUUGAUGAGUGCCGGUUCAAGAGAAGAAUCCUGUGCCUGGAGUGCAGAGCGUCACGCGUGGCAGACUAGAGCAGAUGAUUGGUCUAAGAUCAUGGUUGGCUGCUGUUUAUGGAAGAGAGAAAGUAAAUGCCGCAUUCCCCUAACGUGCGACUCCUGCCUAGGUUAUUGGGGGCUAAUAAGCAAUUGUGAACCAUUUCUUCAUUGCUUAGCUUCUGUGUGUGCUCCCUUUUUGGUGGUCACAUAAGGGAAUCACCCUGAGCCAGGAACAGACCAUCUCAAGACAUCCAGUUCUAGAUGACUGCCUAUUAACCAGUAAAACAUGUUAGAAGUCAUGGGGCUGCAAUGGGAAUAUCCCUGCCUUUUUUGCUCUGAAAUACCUUUAAGGUCACUUUUGUAAUUAAGAGGAACAUUUUGUAGAUAGCUGGCCAGAAUGGCUUCCUGGAAAGAACUGUUGAAGCAAACCGAGGAGGAGACCCUACAACAGCUUCGUUCAAAUGUCCGUGACAUUCGACAGCAUCCCCUCAAGCUGUGGCCUGUCUGAGUACAAAGCCAAAAGUAGCAGAUUCCCACUCAUGUAUCCUUAGGGAGGGGGAAGAAUCCACAAGUCAGGAGAGCAGGCUGCUGACCCCAAACUCGGAAUUGCAGAAACCCUCACGGCCAAGACAGGGAGCUGGAGGUCCAGCCACAGGCAUGGAGGUUGAAGGGGCAAGGAUGGUUUUCCAGAACUGCACAAAAGGUUUGUUCUGUGAAUCACUGGCAUGGACAAACAAACGCUUUCCACCCUGGUGGGCCUGAGACACCUGCCCAGAAGUGAAGGAUUCCCAGGGGAGCAUCUGGAGAGAGAGGAGAUCUGUGGGACAGGAACCACAGGGAACCAACCCACUUAGCCUUGUCCCAUCUCACAGGUCCAUCACUGAUGGCAAAUAAAGUUCAAAGCUUCUCAUGGGACCCAGGAAAUACCUGUCUGGGAACUGAGCUGCUACUGAAGUGUUCUGAGCUGCUUUUUUCUCCUUCUUUUCUUUUCUUUUUUUUUUUUUUUUUUUUUUUUUUUUUUCAUAGCAAGUGAAGAGCAGGAAAAGAAGGGAGGCAGGUGAAGAGAAAACAAUGCAGGCAAAUGACUGGCACAAGUCUAUAAGGAGGAUCUGUCUAUGCAGCUGUCCAUAAGUACAGCUGGAAGCUGCCUGAAUACCAGUUUCCAUAAGCAUAGGAAUGUGCAGAGCAAUACGUUUACCACCUUUAACACCAGCCUGGUCUGAAAUAUCUGUUCCGUUUACCCACUUGUCAUGCAACACUUUGGAGACCAGCAAGUCAGAGUUAAGGUCCUAAGCUCGGACACAGCAUGUUUUGUGCCAAAUACAUUUUCCUCUACCUACCAUUGGAAACCCUUGUGAUCUUCAUUUCUCAUCGCCGAACAUGAGCUCUGUUAUCAGCCACUCCAAACACCUCUUCAGGUCACUUUGUGUUGGCUUUCAUUAUUUUUAAUCUGUUUUUCUUAAUUUUAACUUCAGUUCCGUGUAAGUGCUAGCACAGUGAAGGCAUCCCACAAGCUGUCCUGUAUCCAUGCCCAAAGCCCUCGGAUGCAUCUCCUGACCCAGCUCUUCUGCAUCCUGGACCUUGCCACAGCAGUGCACCACCGGGUGCUGCGGUGGGAGCAGGCUGCCGAGACCCAUCGGUGCCCCGUCCUCCUCCAAAGACAGGACCAGGUGGCAGCAGGUCGCAGGGAGCCCGCCCGGGCAGUUGGACAGUCUCAUGAGAAGCAGUGCAUCUGUGCUAGGACUGGCCGCCUGUGACGUGAAGAUGUGAGAUGCAGGUCUCAAAGGCUUUUGAUCAGUGGAGGGGUUAAAAAAAAAAAAAAAAAAAAAAAAAAAAAAAAAAAAAAGAAUAGGACAAAAGCGUGGAACAUGUUAACUUGUAAUAUGUAUUUUUACUACACUUUUCUUAAAAAUAGAGUAAUGGUAAAACUCUUAAAGACAUUGACAUUUUUUCUCAACAGGAAUCCAUAUUUAACAGUUUUGGCUUUCAUUAAAUUUUGCUCUUUGGUACCUGGAUCUUUUAUUUAACAGCUACAUUUGUUUUAACUCUCUUUUGUUUUUUCUUUCUUUUU